UAUUAUUCGCUGGUAGCCUAAGCGGCUAUUACAGCUACGUAACCGGACGGGUAGGUGAGCUCACUGGCCUAACCUGAGAGAGUUUGCUAACACUAGCCCUAACAAGAGCAGUGCUUCGCAGAAUCUACCGCCGCAUCAGAAUCGCGACCCACUGAGAAAAUCCGGCGUGAAACUCAGUGGGUGCCUUCGAAGGCAAUAAAAAACUAAAAACUGUUCGCUUGUGUGAAGGCCGUCAAGUUUGUUGACAGCCAAUUUACUAAUCGGACCUCAUGACCCGGUGCCCCGACGCUCGACUCGUGAUAUCACGUCGCAUGAUAAUUUAGUUAUUUCGAGACCGUUGUGCGCUCAAGAUGCUGACAAUUUUGUUUUUAUUACCCAUCGUUGUCGGGGUAUUAAGCGGCAACAUCCCAGAACAGCCUCGAGUUUAUUGCGGAGAAUUGCCAAACACGAUAUACUCGUGUCUUGGCAACCCUAAGAUAAUUCAACCCGAAGUAUCGGAAAAAUGUAACAAACCUAUUUCCGAGUGCGACAAAACGAGAUGUAUCUUCAAGGAAUCCGGCUGGGCUAAGAACAACGUUAUAGACAAGAAGAAGGUUUCUGAUUAUUUCGAACAGUUCGCCAAGGAUAAUCCCGAUUGGUCUGCAGCGGUUCAGAACUUCAAGACAACUUGUUUAUCCGACAGUUUGAAGCCGCAGGGCGUUGAUACGAACUGUCCUGCGUACGACAUUAUACACUGUGCUCUGAUCAGCUUUAUCAAAUUCGCAUCUCCGUCCCAAUGGUCGACUUCGGAGCAGUGCGUGUAUCCGAGGCAGUACGCGGGCGCCUGUCCCGUCUGCCCUGAACGGUGCUUCGCCCCAUCAGUACCGAAUGGUUCGUGUAACGCGUGCCUCGCCCUGCUCCGCACACCGUGAUCAUGUCCAGACGUCAGAACACCUUUCAGAACAAUGCAUAAAUGCAGCAAUCAAUUUCGAUAACAGUGUUUAAAUAAAAUAUUGACUUAAA